AUGACUAGCAUCGGUAUAUUUGGCGUACCACAUGCACUAUUUGAAAUAUCUUUGUCAGUUCCUGAUGCCGCCCUGUGUCGCCGAUUGGCACGCCCUCAAUGCGCUGAGCCACCGCACUUUAUGCACGUCGUCUCUUUUCCUGUCCAACACACUGAUAGAAACUCGUUGCCCACCCAUACUCAUAUUGGCACAUGGGGUAAUAUCCCCGCGGCCGGCCUGCCAUCCCGUCCUAUCAAAGCCAGCCGAUGGCAACACUGCGACCGGCCAACUUCCCCGGCACGUUUCGACCGUUCCCCCGUCUCCCUUAGGUAA